GUGAAAAAAAGUGAAAUUAUAAUAUCAUAUUUAUUAUAAACAAUGCUUAGAAAAUAAAUUAAAAUUCAUAGACCGUAAAGAUUAUUUUGAGUUAUGCUCAUUUCGAAUUAAGCGAAAAUUAAUCAACAAUUCUUUCUACCAACGCCAAAUAAAAUUAAUUAAGCUAAACAAUUUUCCGAGGCAAACAAAAAAUGUGCAAUAUUAAAAUAAAUUAUAAGGUUUUAAGUUGUUACAUAACGACAUAAAGGCAGAUGACUCACCCAGUUAUUAAAGGAAAAAAAAUUAAAAGAAAAAAUAAACCGAACAGGCCUUUUUUGUAAUACCCAACGUCCUCCUUUGCGCCGGUAAAAAUGCACAUCAACAAACGUGUCUUCAAAUUGGCGCUAAAAAUAAUUUGCAGCUUCACAGUGUUCUUACUUUUAAUCUCAGCUGUAUUAUUUACACAACAAAAUGUACCAUCGACUCCAAUAGACGGAAAGAUACUGCGCGCCAUUAUGAGCAAGAAAACCAGUGUUAUACUCUUUUGGAAUGGUUUCUUCCGUGACAGUCGCUGGACAUUACCCGUCGAUACGCUACACGCGAAAUGUCCAAACGCCAAUUGCAUAAUCACGAAUCAAGUCCACUAUCUGUCAUCGGUUGAAGAUUACGCAGCGAUUAUAUUUCAUACAGCACGCUCAUUUUCGUUAUUGAAAAGUCGGCCACGACAACGCGCCGCGCAUCAAUUUUAUGUUUUCGCACAAUUAGAAUCACCAGAACACACGUGGCAUAAUUUGAAUGCCGAGCGCAACUUUUAUAAUCUCACAAUGACGUAUCGUUUGGACUCGGAUAUUGUUUGGAGUUAUAAUGUUAUGCGUGCGAAGGAAACGGAGGAAAUAGUCGCACCCAGAGCACAGGUGAUGUGGCGAAAUGCUGAUACGAGUUGGACGCAAAAUAAUACGGAUUUAUUGUUGUCAAUCGGACGGAAGAAAAAGUUGGCCGCGUGGUUUGUGUCCAAUUGUAAAGUACCGUCGAGGCGGGAGAAGUUGGUGAAACAACUACAGGCCCACCUGCCGGUUGAUGUGUAUGGAAAGUGUGGGAAUUUGAGUUGUGCUCGCUUCGACAACGCUUGUGAUGAAUUACUCGAUACUGAUUAUAAAUUUUAUUUCAGUUUUGAGAAUUCAAUUUGUCUGGAUUAUGUUACGGAAAAGUUCUAUAACGCUCUACGGCGACAAAUUGUUCCAGUUGUAUUUGGUGGCGCAAAUUAUACACUAUUCGCACCACCUCACUCAUAUAUAGACGUUCAAGAUUUUAAGAAUGUCUCCUCUCUGGCGAACUAUCUAAAAUAUUUAGAUGGGAAUCCCUUAGAGUAUGCCAAGUAUUUUUGGUGGCGACGUUAUUAUACGGUCGACACGUUCAAAGGAGGACUUCAGACGUUGCCUUAUUGUGAGCUGUGUCAACGUAUUCAGACACAUCCGGCCGUUAGGCAAACACAAAUUUAUGAAGAUAUCAAUGCAUUUUGGAAUGAAAACAUUUGCACGACGAAAGGCAGAAUAGAGUUUUAAGCUUAAGUUUAAAGUUUAGAGUUCAUAAUAUAAUUUGUAUUACAACUAAAGUUAUUUAUGUAUGUAAAUGAUAUUAAA